UGCACCCUCCCCGACACCAUGAGCUACUACGGCGGCUACUACGGAGGCCUGGGCUGUGGCUGGGGCCUGGGCGGCCUGGGCUGCGGCUACGGCCUGGGCUGUGGCUAUGGCUGUGGCUAUGGUGGCUUUGGUGGCUACGGCGGCUACGGCGGCUACGGGUACAGCUGCUACCGGCCCUGCUGCUAUGGGAGGUACUGGUCCGGCUGCUACUGAGACACCUGCCGGGACUGGACGGGCUGAGCGGGCCCCCCGGCCCCUGCCCCUCUGAGAAUCUGGAGAGAUGGGCAGCCCUGGGCCCCUGCGGUGGCCUUGGACCUCAGCACCCAGCACCCAGCACCCAGCA